AUGAGUAAUGAAACAGAUAGUGAUUCUGAAAGAAAAUUAGUUGAUAUAGAUAUUAGCCAGGCACGGGACAAUGGAAGCUACACGGAUACAUGUAAUAAUACUAUAAACAUCCACAAGGUUGAUGGUAAACCUGAACAAGGUUACAAGAGAUACACUCACACCCCUGCAACCAAAUCACAUUAUAUUGAUGGAAUAUAUUACAGUAGAGUAAAACAGGGUAGUAUAAAAGUAGAUGAUUCAGGUCGCUAUGAAAAAAGUGUCACAGUAUACUACCUUGGCUAUGAUGCCACUAAUGCACUUCCCCUGAUAGUGGGACUUGAAAGGACCAGUGGGAAUGAUAGGUAUAUUUACUAUACAAGAAUCAAUCUUUCAAUUUCCAGUGGAUGGAAAGAAGAAGACUAUCUCAGUGUCACUGAAGAAAACCAACUCCGUUCAAAACUCCCAGAUCUCAAUGGCCAGUUAAAGGACCUUGUUGUACUAAAUCUCACAGAAACUAAUAGCACUUACUAUGCCAAUGGAGAAGAUACCGCUCCAGACAGUAAUCCAACCCUUCAAAUUCAAGUCACUGAGUCAAAGAUAUACGAUUGUUACAAAAAGUACACUCACAAAGCUACUGGAGGAGGAAUAUCUACUAUAAGACUCCUAUCCACAAAGAAUGGUAGCACUAAUAUACCAUUUGAUCCUCCUGUAUAUGCUACACCGUACAAUGAGGCUUAUGUUUACUUCUGGAUUGGGGAUAAUAAUCACAGAAAUCCCCUCUUACUUGAGUUAAAGUCGACUGCACGUUCCUACUAUAGACUUUCUUCUGCUGGAGGAGUAGGUAAACAAUGGAUACCUGCUGGUGGAAUAGAUGCUGAAAACCUUAAGGGAGAACUUGAUACACAGAACUGUAGACACAACAAGGCUCAUAUCGUAGAUAUUUCACAGAAAGAUGAUACUGGUAGCGGUAGUGGAACUCCUUACAACUGUACCGGUUGUGAUUCUAAGCCGAUUACAGUGACAAACUAUCCUGCUACUGAUUAUUCUUACUAUCGUCAUUAUCUUGCUGAUGGAUAUAUUCGAAGAUUACAGAAUGGAGGAACAGAACAGGCUGGAAUUGAGUUUCUACAGAGUAUGACUCAAGCCAAUGUAUAUUGGUAUCCUAAGGAUGGAGAAGAGAGUAGGGCACUUUUGAUUUAUCUUCCAUAUUCAUCUAGAUGGUACCAAAGAACCUCCAUUGAUUCUCAUACCUGGACUAAAGUCGGAGGUAAUCAACUAACAUCUCCAUUUGAUAAUACAACUAUACUAGAGCUUCUAAAGACAAUACUACCAACUGUUACCAUAGACGUUGGACGAACUGGUAUCGACAGUAGCGAACGGAGUAUUACAUAUCAGGAUCCUUCUGAAGGAAGUGAAGGAGGAAGGCAGCAGAUAAAUAUUACAAGAAAGGACAUAGAUGGGAACUAUACUAGUUUUGUUCACUCUGUUCUGGAUAAAUCUUUUAUGGUUAAGGAGGUCAGGUACAAUAGUGAGGCUCUACCUGGCAUAAAUCCAAGUUCCAUUCUUAAAAGUGUAACAGCGUACUACUCUGUUGAUGGUGGAUUUACGCCUGAAAAUCUUCUCAUGGUUGGCUUAGAGAAGAGAGGUACAGGCGAUGAUAGAUAUGUAUAUUAUAGUAGAGAUGACGACGGUGCUACUUGGAGACUUGAUUUAGAACAGACAGAGAAACUAGAGAAUUAUGAACUUACUCAAAAGCUCGGACAGUUAAAGGAGAAGCUUACUAAGCUAUCUGAGGAGAAAGCACUCCAAACUAGAGGUGAAGAUGGCGCUGGAGGACAUAGCUCUGUUACCGAUAGUAUACAGAAGUUUUUUCAGCAGAUACCUAACUUCAUUAAAUCUAAUGCAGAUAAAAUAGGUGUUACAGGAGGCUUAGCCACGGUAGUAACCAUAGUUGGUCUAGUAAAAAAGUUUUGGGGUACUAUAGCUACAACUCUCAUUACUUCUGUGUAA